GAGAGAAAGCGCGCGAAAGUGAAGUAAAGGAAGGAAGAGAGGGCUUUACAUUCCUCCUCCUUAUCGAUUUACAGAGAGAGGAUGACUGUGGCGGCGAAGGUAGCGGUUGAAUUGGGGCCUCACCCCGUCAAAGAGCAGCUCCCCGGCGUCGAUUAUUGCGUCAACAGCAAUCCUUCCUGGGGUGAAGCUGUGAUUUUAGGAUUUCAGCACUACUUGGUAAUGCUUGGAACUACUGUGAUAAUUCCUACUAUUAUUGUUCCUUUCAUGGGUGGAGGCAAUGUGGAGAAGGCUCAGCUGAUGCAGACUUUGCUGUUUGUAUCUGGAAUCAACACACUGCUGCAGACUUGGUUCGGGACACGGAUGCCAGUAGUGAUAGGCGGUUCGCUUAGGUUCCUAAUUCCGUCUCUUUACGUUGCCUUCGCCCAGAGAUAUUUAAUAUUUAUCAAUCCAAGAGUGAGGUUUCUGAGAACAAUGAGGGGGAUGCAAGGUGCUCUAAUGGUCGCUUCAGUGCUUCCGAUGCUCCUUGGUUUUCUUGGCAUUUGGAGAAUUGUUGUGAGGUUCCUGAGCCCUCUUGCUGCUGUGCCUUUGAUAGCUCUUGUUGGAUUUGGUCUCUUUGAACAAGGUUUCCCACUGCUUGCAGAAUGUGUGGAAAUUGGGCUUCCGGAGCUAAUUAUUCUUGUUUUGUUAUGCCAUUACUUCCCUAGUUUCUGGAGCUUCAAGCGUCCCAUUUAUGAUCGUUUUGCUGUUCUAAUAUCUGUGGGUCUGGUGUGGGCUUAUGCAUCCCUUUUGACAGCCGCUGGUGCGUACAGGAAUAGGCCCUUAAACACCCAGUUAAGCUGUCGUGUUGAUCGUUCUGGGUUUGUAAGUGGAUCAUCAUGGGUUAGCAUUCCCUAUCCAAUUCAAUGGGGUCAACCCACUCUAAAUGUCGGAGAAGUUUUUGUCAUGCUAUCAGCUGCUUUUGUUGCUAUGGUUGAGUCAACAGGGGCAUUUAUCGCAGCAUCCAGAUAUGCGAGUGCUACGCAUAUACCAUCUUCUGUUAUCAGCCGAGGAAUCGGCUGGCUGGGAUUUGGCAUUUUCCUGGAUGGUUUAUUUGGAACAGGAAUCGGAUCAACCGUAUCAGUUGAGAAUGUAGGUCUAUUAGGUCUGACACGAGUUGGAAGCCGGAGGGUGGUUCAAAUAUCAGCGGGGUUCAUGCUCUUCUUUUCAGUACUGGGAAAGUUUGGAGCCAUUCUUGCUUCCAUUCCCUUGCCAAUUGUAGGAGCUCUGUAUUGUGUCCUGUUCGCUCUCAUGUCUUCUGCUGGUCUGGGCUUACUGCAAUAUUGCAACCUCAACAGCUUCAGAACAAAGUUCAUUUUAGGCUUUUCUUUCUUCAUGGGGCUUUCGGUUCCACGGUAUUUCACUGACUAUGUUUUAACUUCUGGGCGUGGUCCUGUUCACACUCAUUCCGUGUGGUUCAACAAAAUGGUUCUUGUCUUCUUCACUUCUCCGGCCGUGGUGGCAGGUUUCAUAGCCAUGUUUCUCGACCUUACCCUUGCGCGCAAGCAUGCCAACACACGUCGAGACAGCGGCAGGCACUGGUGGGCUAAGUUCAAGUAUUUUGACAAAGAUCCAAGAAGUGAAGAGUUCUACUCUCUUCCAUAUGGACUUUCCAAGUAUUUCCCUUCCUACUAACACACUCUUAUUCAUCCAAGUUAAGAAUGUGAGAUGCAUAAGAUCUUAGAUACACCAUGGGAAGUGGAUCAAGAAUUGGCUUUGUUUAAUUCAACCAAUUAGCCAUGGAGUAUAUGUUUAUAGUAUACUUAUAUCAAUGUAGCACUUAGAGUUAAGAGUAGCUCUCUCCUCUAAUGUAUAAUUAGUCGAUCAUACAUUUCCUUUUUCAUGAGAUAUCCUACCAUGUUAUAAACUAAUAAAAGUGUGUUUGUAUCA